CUGCCUGUAACUAGAGCUUAUAAGUUAUAUCAUUCAUUAUUUCUGGGUUGUAACUUCAUUUAAAAUUUAUCGAUUCAGUUCAACUAAUGCAUAUACUGUAAGAUCUUUCAAUCUUUAAAUAAAAUUUGCCAAACUUAUUGAUGGCUGCUCUUGGAUUAAUGAGUUGUACGGUUACUAGUUUAUGCUUCAGAUGUUCUUUGGGCAGAGAGCAAGCUAUUUAAAAAUGGUGAUUUGACAAGGUAAAGACGCCAUGAAUGUAAUUUGGAUUCUGAUUCUACUGGUUUUGAGUAAUGGAGUUUCUUUAUAUGGGAUUAGUACUAAUAUUACUACAAGACCAAAAAGUGUGAAGAUUGGAGCUAUUCUGUCUUUCAAUUCAACUGUCGGAAAAGUUGCCAGGAUUGCAAUACGAGCUGCUGUUAAUGAUGUCAAUUCUGAUCCCUCUGUUCUUGGUGGAACUCAGCUAGAUAUCAAAAUGCAGGACACCAAUUUCAGUGGCUUUCUUGGCAUUGUAGAGGCUCUAAGAUUUAUGGAAGGUGAUACUGUGGCUAUUAUAGGUCCUCAAUCCUCAGUUACAGCUCAUGUUGUAUCCUUCGUAGCAAGUGAACUUCAAGUCCCUCUACUGUCAUAUUCAGCUACAGACCCAACUUUGUCUGCUCUUCAGUUCCCAUUCUUUAUUAGGACAACCCAGAAUGACCUCUUUCAAAUGGCAGCAGUAGCCGAAAUCGUUGCAUAUUAUGGAUGGAGAGAAGUUAUAGCAAUCUAUGCAGAUGAUGAUGAUGGGAGAAAUGGGGUUGCUGCAUUAGGCGAUAAGCUUGCAGCGAAACGGUGUAAAAUCUCAUAUAAAGCACCUUUGAGUCCUCAUGCAACCAAAGAUGAGAUCACUGAUGCACUAGUCAAGGUUUCUUUAACUGAGUCUAGGAUUCUUGUUGUUCAUGCUUUUGCUACUUGGGUUCCGGAGGUUUUUCGUGUUGCUCAGUAUCUCGGAAUGAUGGGUCCAGGAUAUGUGUGGAUAGCAACUAACUGGCUAUCCACUCUUCUUGAUACUAAUUCUCCUCUUCCUGCAGAAACAACUGACAGCAUUCAAGGAGUUCUCACGUUGCGAAUGUACACACCAGAGUCGGAACUCAAAAGAAAAUUUGUUUCUAGGUGGAGCAACUUGGCUAGUGGAGUUGGAUUGAGCACUUAUGGUCUGUAUGCAUAUGACACAGUAUGGCUACUAGCUCAUGCACUUGAUGCUUUUUUAGAUCAAGGUGGAAACAUUUCCUUUUCUACUGAUUCGAGGUUAACUGAAUUUCGCAGAGGGGAUUUGCGUCUCGAUGCGAUGAGCAUGUUUGAUGGAGGAAAACUAUUGCUUGAGAACAUAUUUCAGGUUAACAUGACAGGUGUUACGGGUCAAGUCAUGUUUAAUCCUGAUAGAAACCGCAUUCGUCCGGCGUAUGAAAUCAUCAACGUGAUUGGUACAGGGUAUAGAAAGAUUGGUUACUGGUCUAAUUAUUCUGGUUUAUCAACUGUGCCUCCUGAAGCCCUUUACUCGAAUCCUCCUAACCGAUCGACUUCAAGUCAGAAACUGCUGCCUGUCAUUUGGCCAGGACAAUCAGUACAGCAACCCCGCGGAUGGGUGUUUCCGAACAAUGGAAGACAUUUGAGAAUCGGAGUCCCGAAUCGUGUUAGUUUUCGUGAAUUUAUCUCUCAAGUACCAGGGACUGAGAUGUUUUCUGGUUACUGCAUUGAUGUUUUCACUGCUGCUAUCAACUUGCUGCCUUAUGCUGUCCCUUAUAAAUUGAUGGCAUAUGGAGAUGGGAUAAGAAAUCCAAGUGAUACUGAGCUUGUUAACAUGAUCACAGCUGGUGUGUAUGAUGCAGCAGUAGGCGACAUUGCGAUAACUACUUAUCGAACAAGGAUGAUAGACUUUACGCAGCCCUACAUUGCGUCGGGACUAGUUGUAGUAGCUCCGAUAAAGAAGAUGAAUUCUGAUGGUUGGGCAUUUCUGAGGCCAUUUACUCGCCAGAUGUGGGGUGUUACUUGUAGCUUUUUCAUAAUUGUGGGAAUAGUUGUUUGGAUUCUGGAGCAUAGGUUGAAUGAUGAUUUUAGAGGUCCUCCUAGAAGACAAUUCAUGACUAUUCUAUGGUUUAGCUUUUCAACAAUAUUCUUUGCCCAAAGAGAAAAUACAGUCAGCACAUUAGGUCGUGUUGUUUUGCUUAUAUGGCUGUUCGUCGUGCUUAUAAUUAACUCGAGCUACACGGCUAGCCUUACGUCUAUCCUAACAGUGCAGCAUCUUCAUUCUCAUAUAAAAGGCAUUGAAACUUUAAAGGCAAGUAACGAUCCCAUAGGGUACCAGCAAGGUUCAUUUGCCAGGGAAUAUCUAAUUAAUGAACUCAAUAUCGAUGAAUCGAGGCUCGUUCCUCUUCUAAUGCCUGAGGAGUAUGCUAAAGCCUUGAAAGACGGUCCCAGCAAAGGUGGCGUUGCUGCUGUAAUCGAUGAGCGUGCAUAUAUGGAGCUCUUCCUCUCAACGCGAUGUGAAUUUAGCAUUGUAGCUCAAGAAUUCACCAAGAAUGGAUGGGGAUUCGCAUUUCCAAGGGACUCGCCGUUAGCAAUUGACAUGUCGACUGCAAUUUUGAAACUGUCGGAAAAUGGGGAUCUCCAAAGGAUUCACGACAAAUGGCUUACGCGAAGUGCCUGCAGUUCAACGAGUACAAAGUUAGAAGUAGACAAGCUUCAACUGAGAAGCUUUCAGGGGCUCUUUCUGAUAUGUGGGUUAGCUUGCUUGCUUGCCCUUUUCGCAUAUUUUUUAAAGAUGACGUGGCAGUUUAGCAGGCAUAAUCCUGAGGAACUAUCGUCUUCUGCUCGAGUCACAACUUCUGCUCGUCUUCAGACAUUUCUUUCAUUUGCUGAUGAAAAAGAAGAGGAACCGAGGCAUCACUCCAAGAGACGACAAACGGAUGGUUCCAGUUCUUCCAAGAGAAUGCAUGUCCUUUCAUCUUUAAAUAAUGAUAUUUACAGUACCAAUGAAGUAUAGAAAUUAAUCUCCGAAUAACAAUUUAGUUUGAUUAUUAAAUGGAGUAUGAUACACUAUCA